CGCGUGUCUUACGGCCACUCCCGGCGCCCCACGAUCGAGCCAUCGUCCGCCAGCAGCCUCCCGCGAGCACCGGCGCGUGCACUUCCCGCUCCCCUGCACGAUCGGGCAGCCGCCCCUGCUGCAACACCCUGGGGCCCCGCGCCCCGAGCCUCUGCCGGCUUCUCCCGACGCUCCGCUCGCCUGUCCGUCCGCCCCGGGGAGGUUAGGCCUCCCUCACUACUCCAUUUGCCCAAUUACACUGGCUGGACCUCACUUCCCUUGGAUAACACGGGUGCCCUGGGACCAUGGCAGACGAAGACCUUAUCUUCCGCCUGGAGGGCGUCGAUAGCAGCCAGACCUCCCGGCCUAGCCAUACUGGUGACUCAGAGGAAGACAGUGAGGACGAGGAAGGUUUCUUUAUCUGCCCCAUCACCGAGGACCCAAGAGGGCACCAGAAUGCCAAUGCCAAGGUGAAUUACUACUGCAGCAACCUCAUGAAACAGGAGGCCUAUGGCUCCAGCGGUUCCCCUGGAAGCUCCUUCCACUUUAAGGAAACCUGGAAGCACGCGAUUGAGAAGGCCAAGCACAUGCCUGACCCCUGGGCCGAGUUUCAUUUGGAGGACAUUGCCACAGAGCGUGCCAUGCGCCACAGGUAUAAUGCGGUGACUGGAGAAUGGCUGCAGGAUGAAGUUCUGAUCAAGAUGGCGGCUCAGCCCUUCGGCCGUGGUGCCAUGCGGGAGUGUUACCGGACGAAGAAGCUCUCCAAUUUCCUGCAUACCCAGCAGUGGAAAGGGGCAUCCAACUAUGUGGCCAAACGCUAUAUUGAGUCUGUGGACAGAGACGUGUACUUUGAGGAUGUACGUCUUCAGAUGGAGGCCAAACUCUGGGGAGAGGAAUACAACCGGCACAAGCCUCCUAAACAGGUGGACAUCAUGCAGAUGUGCGUGAUAGAGCUACAGUAUCGGCCGGGCAGGCCCCUUUUCCACCUGGAACACUACAUCGAGGGCAAAUAUAUCAAGUACAACUCCAAUUCAGGCUUUGUCCGUGAUGACAAUGUGCGCCUGACACCACAGGCAUUCAGCCACUUCACAUUUGAGCGCUCCGGCCAUCAGCUGAUCGUGGUGGACAUCCAGGGCGUCGGGGACCUCUACACGGACCCCCAGAUCCACACUGAAAUGGGCACUGACUUUGGAGACGGCAACCUGGGUGUCCGUGGCAUGGCACUCUUUUUCCACUCUCACGCCUGCAACCGCAUCUGCCAGAGUAUGGGCCUGGCGCCCUUUGACCUCUCUCCUAGAGAACGGGAUGCAGUGAACCAGACCACUGAACUGCUGCAGUCUGCUAAGACCAUCUUGAGGGGAUCAGAGGAGAAGUGUGGGAGCCCCCGCAUCAGGACGCUGUCCGGGAGCCGGCCCCCAUUGCUCGGGCGCCUUUCUGAGAACUCUGGAGAUGAGAACUGGAGUGACAUGACCUUUGACUCCCUGCCUUCCUCCCCGGUGGCCACACCACACAGCCAGAAGCUGGAGCAACUCCACUGGCCUGCCUUCAUCGAACUGGAUAAUGUGGCACACCAAGACCAGGAGCACCUGGACAACCUCCGGGACUCUGAGAACAGUGGGGACAGUGGAUACCCCAGUGAGAAGCGGGGUGAGCUUGAUGACCCAGAGCUCCGAGAACACGGACCCUCAAAUGGCCACCGGAGAUCCGAGUCAGAUGAAGACAGCCUGGGCAGCUCAGGGCGGGUCUGCGUGGAGAAGUGGCAUCUCCUCAAUUCCUCCCGCCUGCACCAGCCAAGGCCUUCAGCUGUUUUCCUGGAGCUGCAAAGGCUGAAUGCUCUUGCCCUGGAGAAGAAAAUCGGCAAGUCCAUUCUGGGGAAGGUCCACCUUGCCUUGGUGCGCUACCAUGAGGCUGGGCGUUUCUGCCAGAAGGACGAGGAGUGGGACCGUGAGGCAGCCAUAUUUCACCUGCAGCAGGCAGCUGACCUGGGUGAGCUGGAGGCCAUUGUGGGCCUGGGCCUCAUGUGUGCGCAGCUGCCCCACCACCUCCUGGCUGAUGUCUCUCUGCAGGAAACAGAUGAGAAUAAAACCAAAGGAUUCAAUUAUUUACUGAAGUCAGCUGAAGCUGGCGACCGGCAGUCCAUGAUCCUGGUGGCACGAGCUUUCGACACGGGUCAAAACCUGGGCCCAGACAGGUCCCAGGACUGGCGGGAGUCCCUACACUGGUACCACACAGCGCUGGAGACCACUGACUGUGACGAAGGCGGCCAUUAUGAUGGGAUGCAAGACGAGCCCCGGUACACCCUGCUGGCCAGGGAGGCUGAGAUGCUGUUUACUGGUGGCUUCGGGCUGGAGAAAGAUCCCCAGAAAUCGGGUGAUUUGUAUACCCAGGCAGCAGAGGCUGCCAUGGAAGCCAUGAAAGGCCGGCUGGCCAACCAGUACUACCAGAAGGCAGAAGAGGCGUGGGCCCAGAUGGAGGAAUAGCUCACCACGAAAACCACUGCUAGAGCUGAGCCCAAGCCACAAGGCCUGGAGGAGGAAGAAAAAAAAAAAAUCAAAGACUCGUUUAUUUUCGAUUGUGGGGGAGGGGAAAACUUUUUUAAGUGUAUUGUAAAUUGACUUUUGUAUUCUUUCUUUUACUUUUUCCUGUUUUUAUUCUUGAAAAGUCUUUACUACCAGUAGCAUAUUUGGGGAGAAGAGAAUUGAAAACACAGGCGAGGGAAAAACAUGUUUAUCUGAGCUUUUGUUCUCAUGAGAUGCAAAAAAAAAUGUGCUUUUCUACCUUGGAUGGAUGAGAUUAGACGUUUUGCUCUCCAAUUUUUCUGCCUGGAUUUACCAAAUCUCAUCAGGUUCACAGAAUUCUGUUUCUUGAGUUGGGGGAAUACACCCAGGUCUCUGUGUAA